AUGUCAGGAUUAAAAACUACCCCAGAGGAGGUCUCUGAGUAUGAGGUCUCCGAAGCAGGUGUGGGAAAUUCCGAAACAGAAAUUAGAGGCAAAUUUGAUCCAAAUACAGGUGUUAAAAGAGGGUUGAAAACGAGGCAUAUCUCGAUGAUGGCCCUUGCAGGUGUUAUUGGGCCCGGUGUCUUCGUUGGUAUGGGUUCAGCCCUACACUCUGGAGGACCUGUUGGGUUGAUUGCCGGUUUCUGCAUCGUUGGCUUGCUGGUCAUAGCCAUGAUGAACUGUAUUGGAGAACUCAAUACUCUGUACGAUUUCAACUUCACCCUCCACUGUUCGAGAUGGGUGGACCCCGGUUUUGGAGCUGCCAUUGGUUGGUGCUACGUAAUGCUGUGGCUCUGUAACACCAUCUCAGAGUACGUCUCGUUGACGUCGAUUCUUGCGUAUUACACCGAUAAAGUUCCGCUUUAUGGCUGGUUCUUGAUCAUGUGGUUUAUCUUCACCGUUUUCCAAACCCUGGGCGUGAGCGCCUUUGGAGAGAGCGAGUAUAUCCUCUCGUUCAUCAAGCUCCUCUUUUUGAGUGGUGUCUAUUUGUUCUCCAUCAUCUAUGCUGCUGGAGGAAUUCCAGGCCAUUCUCCUGGAAACCCAUUCAAGGAGUUUCCAUUGGCUCAUGGGUUCAAGGGUAUUGCCAACUCGUUCGUGUACGCUGGAGUUUUCUACUCUGGUGUUGAGGCUGUCUCCAUGACUACCUCAGAAGCACGUAACCCCAAGAAGGCUGUUCCAAUUGCUGUGAGACAGACCAUUUGGAGAAUUCUAUUCGUUUACCUUGGUGCUUCCAUCGCAUAUGGUAUUACUGUUCCAUGGAACGAUCCCAAUUUGUCGCUCUCAAACAAGACCAUGAGAGCUCCUAUCACCAUCGCCUUGACCAAUGCAGGGUGGGCCAAUGCAGGCUAUUUCUCCACCACAAUUAUUCUGGUAACCUGUCUUUCUUCCAUCAACAGUUCUAUCUACCUCGCCAGUAGAUCGCUGUUCAAUCUUGCCACGGAAGGAAACGCACCAAAGAUCUUUUCUACGGUUGACAAGCGAGGCAACCCAUGGAUUGCUAUCCACGUCUGCCAUCUGUUUGGGUUCCUCUCUCUUCUGGCGAUAAGCUCUGGUUCUUCUGUUGCGUACGGUUACAUUAUCAAUCUUUCUGGUGUUUGUUCUUUUAUUGUUUGGACUGCUAUUGCUCUCGCCCAAAUAAGGUUCAGAAAAGGUUGGUUGGCCAAUGGAUAUCAGAAAGAAAAUAUCCUCUUCCAGGUGCCAUUGUACCCAUUGACUUCCAUUUUCGCAGUCUUUUUGGGUCUUUUGCUUGUUCUUGUGCAAGGAUGGUCUACUCUGAAGCCUUUUGAUGCUGGUAAUUUCGUCGAUGUCUACAUCAUGAUCCCAGUCUUUUUCAUCAUGUGGGCAGGUUACUCGUUCUACUACAAGAAAUUUUGGAUCCCAUACCAUGAAAUGGACUUUGAAACAGGCAGAAAAGACCAAGAGCUCACAGAGGACGAUCUGAAGCACGCCAAUGACGAUCCUACUGAGAAAUCGUUUUUUUCCAGGAUUUGGGCCAACCUUUGA